AUUUUACACUAUACAAACAUGAAUGAAACAAUUUUAUUAGUCUUCUUGUUAUUUAUUACUUCACUUGUUAAUUAUUGCAUAAGUAUUAAUGAUAGACAUUAAUUAGAUGGAAACCUCGGUAAUGACCGUGAAAAGUUCGAUUCGUCUUUUUUAUAUCGUUCCGCGCAGAUAUUGUUCGGAAAUAAGGAACCCACCCAAAAUUCCGCGGUUGUUGAACCUGCUCCUGUCAAUUAAUAAUAUUUUUUGGUUACAAAAAGCUGUAAACGAUUGUUGUUUUACAAUUCUGUUGUUAUUUAUUAAUUAUUAUUACCAAACUCUCACAAAUGUUCUUGGUGAUUUGUGAUGGAAAUGUGUUGAUAAAACAACUUUCGCGCGUGUUAUUGAGUGAACUGUGACGCAUAAACGAUAAAUCGUAAAAUCAACAUUUUAAAGUGUGUGAUCUUUGAAUCUAUAAUUUAACGUGAAUUACUGCAAAAAUGGAAAUUAACGAGGAAUACCACGAUCCUGACUAUCCUGAUUUACCCGUUUGUGUAAAAGAAGAAAUACCAAGUCUUACGGAAGAAGAGAAAUUAGCAAAAAUCAAACAAAUCGUACGCCGCGAGUUUAGAAAGGAGUUGGACCUGAGGGAGGACGAAGUGGCGUUAAUCGAUGAAAGAAUGACAAAGGCACGCAGAUACCUUCACCAGCUGCGCUGUGCGUUAGUAGUGAACUACUACACAGAGCAGAGGCUUCAGAUUAGCUCAAGUCAAAUUGAGGAUGAGGUUGCUUCACAGAGCGAGCCCAGGGCCAGGGCUGAGGUGUCAAGUAUUCUGCGGGACAGUCAACGAGGCCUACACCCCUCUGUGCGCAAGCUGCUGGGCAAGAACACUGUCGACCUGGACGAGAUCUUCAGGUCCAGAGCACCUAGGAAUAAGAUUAGGGUGGACUAUUCUGCCAUGGUCCACGCGAAAAACGUAACAAUAUCGGCUGACACCACGAAGACCCUGAGGCCGUUGCCGGAGGAGCCAGUCAAGACUGAGGAGGUGGCGUGCCCGGCUGUGCCAAGGAAGGUGCCGCGUCACAUGGAGCCAAAAAUGGACAACGUGCUAACCCUGGAUGGAGUCACGCGGAACAAACAGAAGCAUCGCUACAGGAUCAUUAUUGGCAACACGUCGAAGUACAUGCCGCCCGCGUCCCGUGCGGACCGCUCCACGCACAAGUGGCUGCUUUACGUGCGAGGCCCGCCGCCGCGGCCGGACGUGGCGCGACUCGUCACCGCGGUCACAGUGCGGCUACAUCACUCCUACGCGCCGCACCACGUCGUGCUCAUAGACAAACCGCCCUUCCAACUGUCGCGCCGCGGCUGGGGGGAGUUCCCCGCCAAGCUGACCUUGGAGUUUGCGAUGCCGCACUGCAACCGACCGGCUACCUUGACGCACACCAUCAAACUGGACAGGAACUAUACGGGACUACAGACACUUGGCGCUGAAACAAUAGUGGAUGUAUGGCUUUAUAGUACGCCGGAGAUGUUACCUUAUGAGUACAAGACUGAUCUGGAACCUACAGUAAACUCAGACGAACAAACUGAAAUACUUAUAAAAAAUAUCAAAACCGAACCACUGAAUGAAAUUAUUGAAAACACUGAAAUGAGUGAAAAUAUUGAUGAAAUUAAUGAAAAUAAACAAGAAGAGACGGGUGACGAGUGGCUUAACUUCUUCACGAAUGCGACUACAGAGGUUAACGUCGAUGAGAUGUUCGUUAAAAAUGUUAAAACCGAACAAAAUGCAGAAGAUAAUAAUCAAGUUAAUCAAAUUUCUGCAAAAGAUGGCAAUUUUAAUGAAAAUGCAGAAAUCGAAUGCAAAUUUAACCAAACGACAGCAAAAGAUUGUAAAGUUAACCAAGUUAUCGCAAAGGAAGGCAAACCUAAUGAAAUUAUGGUAAAGGAAAGUAAAAUAAACCAACUCGUGGCAAAAGAUAACAAAGUUAAUGAAUAUAUAGAAAAAGAUUGCAAAAUAAAUGUUAAAGUUGAAACUAUAGAUGAUCCAAUUACUAAUGGCGACCAUGAAAAUGAAAAUAAUGAAAUUAAUAUAAAACCAAACGAAACAAACUGCUUAAAACGAAUAGUCAAAUACAUGGAUCCAACCACGAGAAAAAUUUACUACCUGGAAGUUGACAGGGCAUUAGACUUGAACAAAAUACAAGAAAUAGUAAUUAACUCUCAGGGUAAAAUAAAAACUGCGAAAGUUAGUCCAAACAAAGUUAACAACGGUUUAAGGUUCGUUAGAAAGAAAAAGGGAGAAUCACUACUUAAACCGGAAAUAAAGAACCAAUUAGUUAAAAAAAAUGAUAACAACAAUCAAAUAGUUAUAAGUAACGGCUUCGAUCAUAUAAAGAAUGAUCACUGUUACUUAGCUAAUGAUUGGUGUAUGCAGGAUAAAGUUGAACCAAAAAUUGAAGUUACAAAGGAUUACCUCAACGAUAUUAGGUCAACUAUAACAAAGUUAACCUGUCCUAGAGUUGCGGUUAAUUAUAUGUUGAAGAAGAUACCGUUAAUAAGUCCAGAGGUUAAAGACGCCGAUUUCAUUAAAAGUUUCCCGUUUGUUGUGGGCAGUCAUCAAAAAUAUUGGAAGUUGGAUUUUGCUAAAAGAAGAAAUAUUGAAUGGUCCAGAGCUAAGCUGAUAAACAAAAUGCUAAGUGAAAAAUUUAAAGACAGCCCAGAAAACAUAUGGCGGACAAAAAAUAUCCUUGUUUACUCACGGUUGCAUGGUUAUUAUCCUGUUAGACCGGAAGCCGUACAAAAUAAACCAAAAAUACCAGAUUUGGAAUCUAAUGAAUGGUCGUCGUGGAACGAUUUGGAAAAUUCCAGGAAUUCCGAAACAAACAUUAGAGAGUUAUACCCAAAUUCGUCCGACUUGUGUAGCUUGACAGUGUUUAAAAGUGAUAGUUUUGUGUGUAAAGAUGAUAGUAAUGUGGAUUUAUGUGAUUCUGACGAGGAAAUUGAUGUUAUAAGUGAAGUUAGACCUGUGAAAGUAAAAAGUGAAGUGGUGUCGGAGUGUGAUGACAGUUUGACAGUCUUGCCAGUGAAUAGUGAGGAGAGACUGCAGUUUUUGUUUAUAGAGAGGAUUUGUGCAGACAUAGGGGUGGAACUGAGAAAUGAAGACAUUGGGAAUGGAUAUUCUUAUAGUGCAGUGCACUGCGUACUGCUCACGGCGAUGAAGUGCUUCGCCGAGGAGCUGAUCCGCGCAGGGCUGGCCGACCAGCUGGCCUUCGCCAACGACCCGCAGUUGCCCAACGUGUGGAUAGGGUCUUCAUCACGCAGUGGGUUGCGCAUGGAGCACCUGUACCGCGGCGUCCAGCGCUCGGAACGACUACGGUCUCUGUGCGGCGCCGGGCGCCCCGCCACCAACCCAUACGCGCUCUAAUACACGCUUUUUAUAUA